AUGGUGCAGUACUUGUGGGUGUUUGCAAUAAUUUUACCUCUUAAUCCCAAACCUUUUCUCAAAAGUUUGACAGGAAAGCUAGCGAUGAUGAAAUUUAAAUGAUGAAUGGAAUAUAAGGGCUUCCUGGUCUCUGUAGAUGGCUACAUGAACAUAUAG